AUGGGGCACCUCCAUGGGCUUGGGGAAGAAAAUGAAGUCUUGGGGGGCCUUCUCCUCCAACUCCAGCGAGGCGACGCCGUGGAGAAGCUUGGCGGUGACGACCUCCAGCAGAGCUCUGGCAUGGGUGCUGUACCAAGCUGGGAUGAACCCGCCCAGGGGCGUUUGGCUGGAAAACCAGCAGUCCAGCUCCGGCUCCCAUGGGCACAAUGCUGGCGACCCAAUACUUUUAACACCGAUGAUAAGCGCUACAUCUCCUUCUACUACAACUCGACUACUUUCGUGGCAUCGGUAGUUGUCAUCUUGAUGGUCCAGAUUAAAGCCCUACUUACACGAAACGCACUGCAUGCAGCCAUGAUAUUUGACUUGUUCGGGCUUAUGGGUGCAUACAUUGCAGAAGAUGAGAAGAGAGCGCAGAGGAGUGGCAACUGGGGAUGUGGUCAACCAGCAGGCCAAGUGGAAGGCAGUCGCCUGCAGCCGCUGGCGACGAGCGGCGCCGCGCCCGGGCGCUACGUGACCUCGGGCCCCGUCGGCGGCGGGGCCAUGGGGAUCUACGAGCGGCAGCGCCACCUGGUGGCGGCCGGCGUGUGGGGGGAGCCGUUCCGGCCCGACGCCGACGCCGUGGCCCUGCCCCUGCCCCGGCCCCUGGCCGCGGUCGCCCCCACGGUCACCGUGGCGACGACGCCGGCGCCGCUCGACGUCGUCGAAGCAGAGGAGGUCAAGUUCGGCAAACGCCUGUUGCAGGCACAGCAGGACGACGUCGCGCCGCCGGUGGAAGAAGAAGCGCCGCCGCCGCCGUCGGAUAGCUUCGGCCACGACGACGACGCCAGGCCAAGAGACAAGGUGAGACGGACCCGACUGAUGAGUGAUGAGUCGGAUGAAUUAUCCGCAGGCACGAGAAUUCCUCGAUCGCUGAUCUUCGCCCUCGCUCUGCUUUGCCUAGAUUCAGAGACGGCUCGCGCAGAACAGAGAGGCAGCCCGGAAGAGCCGGCUACGGAAGAAGGUCAGCAGCGUCUCAGCGAAGAGCCAACACUCAUCGCGUGCCAAGCAAAUCUUCAGCAGAUGGCCAGCGCCGUGGGCAAGCUCGCCGACCUCGUCGACUUCGUGGACAAGGUGACUGACUAG